CUCAAAAUCCUAAAUCCUAUUCAAGUUGGUCGUAAGCGAAUCUAAGAAGUUCAGGACAAUCCAUGGAUCAUCAACACGGAAAUCAACCUUCUUCCUCAACCAAAAUACAAAGAAGGGUCAUAGAGAAAAACCGGAGAAACCAGAUGAAGAAUUUAUAUUCCAAACUCAACUCUCUUCUCCCUAACUAUCAUUCUCAGGAAGCAUUGCCACUGCCUGAUCAAAUAGAUGAGGCUAUUAACUAUAUUAAGAGCCUAGAGACAAAGGUGAAGAAGAUGGCGCAAGAAAAGAAAGAAAUCUUAAUGGGGAGGAAGAGACCUCGUUGUGGAACCUUAAAUUCACCAAAACUCGAGAUUCAUGAAAUGGGUUCCUCGCUAGAAGUUAUUCUGGAUUGUGAGUUUGAUAAACAGUUCAUUUUCAAAGAAAUUAUUCGAAUUUUGCAUGAAGAGAACAUCGAAGUCAUCAGUGCCAAUUCUUCACUGGCUGGAAAUUCUGUUCUUCAUGUUGUGCACGCCAAGAUUCGGCAAUCUUUCUUUCAAUUCGGAGCAACCAAAGUAAGUGAGAGAUUGAAAAGGCUUGUGACCGGAUCAGUCAGUGAUGUGGAAACAGAGACUGAAUUGUGGGAUUUUGAAAUUGGUUCUGAGACUUGUGGGCUUCUAGAUCCUAUGGUAAACAACGGUUUACCAAUUCUUUUGUAAACGAGGCAUGUAGUUUGUAACUGAUU